GUGUGCAGUGUUCGGGGAUAUUGCUUGCUAACAAAAAUGGCCUUCGCUCAGCAAACAGUAUUCCGCACUGGCGCACGACCUCGCUGCAUCCGCACAAAUGCGACUGCAAAGCAAGUUGUCACAGCAGCUCCUGCGCGCAUUGUUGUGAAGGGCACGGGGGCCUACACGGUGAAGGGGACGACACGAAAAGUCAAUGAGGACCGCUACGAUGUUAAGAUCGCUGCUCCAGGCGAUGUGGGCGAGCCGUUCGCUUGGGCAGGUGUCUACGAUGGCCACGGCGGCUUCGCGGUCGCUGAGUGGCUGAAGAACAAGCUGUUCGGGGUGGUGGAGAAGGAGUGGGCAAACGGCUACAAGCCCGAGUUCUCCAUCACCGAGGCCUUCCUAGCGGCCGACCGCCAGCUGCUCUCCGCCGGCUCCGGAUUCCUGGGCAUGGGCGAGCGCGGCGUGGGCGGCUCCAAGUGCGGCGCCACCGCCGCCACCGCGCUGCUCUUCCCCGCGCCCGACGCCACCACCCGCCUCCUCACAGCCAACGUGGGCGACGCGCGCAACGUCCUCAUCCGCGGCGGCCAACCGCUUCAACUGUCGGAGGACCACGUGCCCGACCGCGAGGAGGAACGCGCGCGCAUCGAGAGCAUGAACCCCAACCGCAAGCUGCCGCUGGUGCGCUACGUGGGCGGCACGUGGCGUGUGGGCGGGCUGCUGGCGCUGAGCCGCGCGUUCGGGGACGCGUACAUGAAGGGCUCGCUGCAGUUCGAGGGGCUGCCGGCGGGCAGUGACGGGUACAGCAGCGGUUUCGGAGUGAUUGCGGAGCCGUACACCACGCUGACGCCGCUGACGGCCGAGGACAGCUGGCUGGUGGUUGCCAGCGACGGGCUGUUCUCUGAGGAGGCUCGCGGCGGGGGCGGCGGGCUGGACAACGCGGGGCUGGCGGAGGUGCUGGCUGCGGUGCGGCCGGGGGCGGACCUGGACGCAGUGGCGGCGGCGCUGGGGGCGGCGGCGGUCAAGGUUGGUUCCACGGACGAUGUGACGGUGGUGGUGAUGCGGCUGGGGACCGCAUGAGGGGGGAAGGGGGCGGAAGGAGGAGGAGGAGGGGGGCGGGAGGAGGAGUAUCCGAGUUGAGGGGAGAAGUGUUUUAAUAGGUGAAACAACGAGUCCCAAUCAAUGAGGGGAGCAGUAGAGAGGUGCUGGUGCAGGCUAGGGAUGCGGGCAAGCAGGAGCGCCGAGUAGGAGGCUGCUUAUGAGGAUAUGAGAGGGAGUCUGCAUGGUAAGGAGCGACAGGGAGAAGGAGGAGAGGGCGUGAAGCGGAGCGGAGCGGCAGCAGUUGAGGGCCGGAGAGGGCCAGCAGUCGGAGUUGCAAAUCGAACCCACCCAGGCACGUUUCCUUGGUGUCAUGACGAGUCGAGUACCGGUGCAUUGCGGGAGCUAAGCGAGCUGGGAGAAACGUAAUGCGUACUUUACCUGGGGACCUAUGAGUGUGCAAGUGCCGUACUGGUGAGCACUAGACACGGUGUAAAGGAGUGGAAAGGGACGAGUGCCGUGUUGAGGCUUGUUUGACCAUUUCGUCUUGUGGCUUAAUACGGAUACAGAUUACGGUAACGCGGGGGGUUUCAGCCAGGUGGCGACGUGGCUCGACGAGGGCUAGCGGUACUUAGGCUGGUUAGGCAUGCUACAAGUGUGAGCGUGUCCAAAAGUGGGAAGCAGUUGCUCUUGGCCACAGUGUAGCAAAGAGGAGUGUGUGUUUGUGGUACCGGCGCACGAUGUGUUAAGGUGCGCCGGCCUCGUCUCAGGAGACAUCACAUGGUGACAUCCUCAAAACUCAUGGCAGACAAGGCUAUAAGCGGCAUGGCGGCUGAGGCUUCCUGCACUGGUAUCGUCCUAAGCCUCCUCGCCAGUAUGUUUUGGUAAGCAGUGAGCAUUGGUGACUAUUAUGGGCGAAGCAUCUAGCUAGCGGGGAUGGACCAAGAGAUAUAACAGCACGUUCCCCUGCGUUGGGCUCUCGCACACCUUUAGGCCGUGCUGUAAACGAUACCCAC